UAAAUUGUUAUAUUUUUGUAAACAAAAGUCAGAACUUGUGUUAAACUUAAGUUAAUUUAGUAUUUAAAUGCGCAUAACAAAACACUUUACACAGCUGUGGCAGCAACGCAGCAGCGCUGCCAAUCAUUUAAGCACCUAUUUUUGCUUUGCGGCGCUGCGUCUUGUGUUGGUUUUUGUGCCGCAAACAGGAUAUGUGCAUCCUGAUGAGUUUUUUCAAAGCGUUGAAGUCAUGACAGGCGAUCACUUUCGCUUGGAGCACACACGUACCUGGGAGUUUAAUAAUACAAUGCCGCUGCGCAGCAUAACGCUGCCAUUUGCGCUGCUGCGAAUACCCUGGAGUUUCUAUGAGUUUAUAGCGCUGUAUGCGCGCAGCUAUUGGCAGCUGGAGCUGAUCAAUAGCUAUGCCUAUCUAGUGUUUCCUAGACUUAUUUAUACGCUUAUAUCAUACAGCAACGAUUGGUGCAUUUAUCGCAUUUGUACGCUCUAUGGACUGCGGCAUGAAAUCAGACUGCUGGCUUUAUCCAGCAGCUGGGUGCUGUUGGUCUUUGGUACACGCACGUUUUCCAAUACGCUGGAGCUGGCCAUGUGCGCCUGGCUGUUGUGGCUGGUGUGCGAGAGCAUGCUGAAAACCAACACGGUGGUGUACAAAAAGGAAUAUCUGGAGGAAAAGUACGACAAGGCGGCGUCCAUAAGCGAGCGUGUUAAAAUAUGGAAGCUAAAGAAUGCGCUGCCGGCUUACAAUCUGCAGCAUUUGUUUGCCAUGUCGAGCAUUUGCGUUGCAGGCGUCUUCAAUCGUCCAACCUUUCUGCUAUUUGGCGCACCCAUGGUGUUCUUUUGGCUGCUGCGCGGCUUGGGCACACGCAGCGUUAGCUUCAGGGACUUUAAUUUGCGCAUCGGACUGUUUUGCCUUUGCGCAUUGCCGGCGCUGCUGCUGUUCAUCUUCUGCGACUCGCUGUACUAUCAACACUUGACUGUGGGCGAACUGCAUAUGCUGCAGCUGGGCAUAGACAACUUUGUGUUUACGCCUUGGAACUUUCUUAAAUACAAUCUGGAUUCGGCACAGACGGCUACACACGGCGUACAUCCUUGCUAUGUGCAUCUGCUGCUGAACAUACCGCUGCUCUUCAAUGUUCUUGGACUGGCAGCCAUGUUGUCCUUCACCCAGCUGCUGCUGCGCUUCUUCUGCGCCGAGUAUCAGCUGCUGCCGCGUUUUCAAAGCAUUGUAUCGCUGAUGUCGGGUGCAAUAUUCGUGCCGCUUUUCUUUCUUUCGCUUAUCAAUCAUCAGGAGCCGCGUUUUCUACUGCCGCUAACCUUUCCCUUGCUGCUGCUGCAUGCGCCCAAGCUCAUCACAGGCUUCAGCGCCUCAUAUCCUUUUCAAACUCAGCAUCCACUGCUGCGCUGGCUCUACAAACGUUUGCUCUGCAGCAAAGCUUCGGCGCCUCAUUUACUACGCAUCUGGUAUGUCUGUAAUGUGCUGCUGACGCUCUUCUUCGGCUUUAUACAUCAGGCGGGCGUGUUUCCACUGGCUCAGCGCAUGGAGCAUAUGGUAGCCACCAAGCCUGCUGCUACGAAUGUGCAUCUGCUCACCUCACACAUCUACAGUCUGCCGCUGCAUUUGGUUAAUGUGCCCAGCUCCAGAGUGCAGCAUUUUAAUCCGCAUACGCUUCAACGCUAUCGACGCCAGCGUGACUUCUUUGUAUAUGAAUACGGUGGACUGGCGCUGGAUACGCUUAUGCAUAAAGUCAAGCUAAUCUCCGCCAGCUGCGAGCUGAAGCGCAAUGCAGCGCAGCAUCUACGCUAUAAACUUUAUCUGGCCAUACCCGCCACACUCAGCAGCGAGCUGUAUGAGGCGCUGGAUCGUUCCAAUGCCAGCAGCUACUUGCACUUUGAGCUGCUCUCUGUGUUUUAUCCGCAUCUGUCUACGGAGGCUUUUCCACGCCUGCAGGGCCGCCAUCCCUGCGAUGUGGACGCGCCCCACUGGACACACGACGAUCUGCGCGGCACUUGCGCUGUGGAGCAAGCGCCCACGCUUAGCUUCUCCUAUGUCAGUCGCCAGUUUAGCUCGUUUAUGCAUCAGUUUGGCUUGGCGCUCUACGAGAUCGAUGUGCAUCGCAAGCGUCCGGCUAUCUAAUAACUGGCAGCUAUUUCCAGGCCGUUAUGUGUCUUAUACCAAAGUUAAAACUAAGCAAUUCUAGUCGCGCAUAUAAUAAAAUCCACUAUGUAACUUUUAUUUUAUACUCUGCACAUUUCAAAAUUGUAGCUUGCUGCUAAAUUUUAUACAUUCCGCUACUAUUUGUAU